GGGGCGAUCAGCUGAGACAACAUGGCGUCGUCGGCGAUCAGAGGCGUCGGCCAAUUCGCGAGGUUUUGGGCGUCCUCGCGCUCGCACAGACUCUGCAAGGUUCAGGUUUGCUUGCUGUCGACAAGUAUUCGACGAGAUGCCAGGUUUUAUGACAACGCAUUGGAGGCUGUCAAUGACAUUCCCGCGGGAUCGAAGCUCCUUGUUGGGGGCUUUGGUCUCUGUGGCAUCCCGGAGAACCUGAUUGGAGGACUGCUGGAGACCAAGGUGAAGGACUUGACGGUAGUGAGCAACAAUGCAGGAGUGGACAACUUUGGCUUGGGACUCCUGCUGGCCCAGAAGCAGAUCAAGCGUAUGAUUUCCUCCUAUGUAGGCGAAAAUGCAGAGUUCGAACGGCAGUACCUGAGCGGGGAGCUGGAGGUGGAGCUUACGCCACAGGGCACAUUGGCUGAGCGAUGUCGUGCUGGGGGUGCAGGCAUCCCUGCCUUCUUCACUCCGACUGGUUUCGGCACGCUCGUCCACGAGGGAGGGUCUCCCAUCAAAUAUGGGGAAGGUGGUGCUAUUGAGAUCCAGAGUGCCCCAAGGGAAAGCCGGAUGUUCAACGGACGGAAUUACAUCAUGGAGGAGGCCAUCACUGGGGACUUUGCUCUCAUCAAGGCGUGGAAGGCUGACCGGGCGGGCAACCUUCUCUUUAGGAAGACGACACGCAACUUCAACCUACCAAUGUGCAAAGCUGCCAAGACCACCAUAGUUGAAGUGGAGGAGGUGGUUGACAUUGGGGAAAUCCCUGAGGACAGCGUUCAUGUCCCUGCCAUCUAUGUGGACCGCAUCAUUAAAGGGGAAAAGUACGAGAAGAGAAUUGAGCGCUUGACCUUGCGUAAGGAGAAGAAGAAGAGUGCAGCAUCCUCCAACCCGGCCGUGGCCAUGAGGGAGCGCAUUGUGCGACGUGCUGCCCUUGAGUUCAAAGAUGGCAUGUACGCCAACCUGGGAAUUGGGAUGCCCAUGCUUGCCAGCAAUUACAUCCCAGAUGGUACGAACGUGCAGCUGCAGAGUGAGAAUGGAGUGCUGGGCUUGGGCCCCUUCCCUGCCCCGGGCGAGCAAGACCCCGACCUCAUCAAUGCAGGGAAAGAGACCGUGACUGUCACGCCUGGAGCCUCCUACUUCGGCUCUGAUGAGAGCUUUGCCAUGAUCCGAGGCGGCCACGUGGACCUAACAAUUCUUGGGGCCAUGGAAGUCUCGCAGUACGGUGAUCUUGCCAACUGGAUGAUUCCGGGCAAGAUGGUGAAAGGCAUGGGUGGCGCAAUGGACCUGGUGUCAUCGCCCGGCACGAAGGUGGUGGUGACAAUGGAGCACUCUGCCAAGAAGGGCGGACACAAGAUCGUGGAAGCCUGCUCACUCCCCCUCACAGGCAAGAACUGUGUUGAUAUGAUCAUCACAGAGAAGUGUGUCUUCAGUGUAGACAAGGAGAAUGGCCUGACUCUAGUAGAAAUCGCUGACGGCGUUACCAUCGAGGACGUUGUAUCCAGCACAGGAUGCUUAUUCAAAGUAGCAGAAAACCUCAAGCCAAUGGGACAGAUUGAAGUUGCAGAUGAAUAAAAGGCUAAAAAUUACUUAAAUUUAGCUUUCAAUUCAAAAGAAAGAUGGAGAUACUCAGAUUAGUGCAGUGUGUCACUGUGUGCAUGGUUUGUUUGCUCGCAUGCACACUGUCUAACAUUUGAUCUGACUCUUUGAUUAACUAAUGGGGCAUAUUCCACAGUCUGGGGCAUUGAUUAUAAAAGGAUGCACUUAUCCUUUUGUUACUAUAGUUCUUCCACACCUAUAAUAACAGCAAGUUGAUUUUGCAUAAAAAAGAAAUGCACAUAAGUAACUAUAGUAAUGAAUAAAGUUUUUACUCUGUUUGAACCAAGGAUUCCUUCUUCUUGGAUCAUCACCUUAGUCAUUGUAGUGGCAUUCAGUUUUACUCUUUGUGUGUAACAGUGUGUUAAAAGCUAUAUUUUCUUGAUCUUACCUCAUUUGUUCAGCUUCAGUUGAUUGUCUGCACCACAUACAAAGGAGAAAAUAAAACAAAAAGCUUUUUAGGUGAAAGUUUAGUUUUUCUUUACAGUUUACUAACAAAGCCACAUAGUUCAGUGAUGAAGGCCACAGCAGCAACACUGGUUCAAAGCCAAGCUACUAGCUAUAGGGGUCUCUUGCACAAACAAACUCAAGGGAUAUUUUGCUAGCGCCUACUGGAGAUGCAGAGAGAAGAUGCAGGUUUCUCUUAUUGACUUGCCAGGACCGUGUCAUUUGAUCAUAGAAUGGUUGUUUUGCUAAAAGUCUUGUACAAGAUUCUGCAGGUUAAGAAAAUAUCUUUCAAACUCAGAUGUGGUCUUGUGGAGGAUAUGUCUUUCUAUUAUUAGACUGUAAUUCCAGCUUUGGAAAGAGUGAUAAGUAGCAUUAAUGGUGAUGGAAAUUUCAUGGUAGUUUCUAAGUUUUUGCAUUAUUCAAGAAGCUUUAACAUCUUUUGAGGUGAGAGUUGAAGUUCAAUGUUAGGAAAUAUGAAAGAUUAUAAAUUGAGAAAUAGGGAAGACAAUGAAUUAAGAAAUUGAUAGACUGUUCCAGAAACAUUGAGUGUACUGCAGGCUAUCUUGCUUUAAAGAAUAGGAGCAGAUAAUAUGGUGGUACCAAAGUUUGCUUGGUCUUGUCAAAGUUGUAUCGCCUUUCCUUACUGUGGCAGACUCUGCUAAGUGUGGGAGACUAAAAUGAUGUGUGUACUGUAGAGUUCACUGCUGCUUGCGAUAAACAAGAGUGGAUAAUUCUUUGCCGCUGAAUUCCUGAUAGAGAUAGUAGGUGGAGUAAGGUUGGUAUUGGUAGGUGGUCGGUAAUUUUUCCUUUCUUUCUUUCUUUCUUCUUUUGUAAAUUGAGGCUUGUGCAUGCAAUUGGACUUGAACUCUGUGUAUGUUGUACUAGUAGGAAGUUGGAAUUAAGAGAAUUAGUCAGUUAUGGAAAAGGUUAAUGCAAUGAAAAGGGAAAAGCUUCAGUCUACAGCUACGCAGUGUCAAAAGUGAUUCCAGUAGUGGUUUGUGGAGCCACAACUUCUCUCCCAGUGAAGACACUUAUUUUGCUGGUGUUCAGAUACACCUGUUUAAAUAGUACAAUGACAGUGGAAGGAGCCAGAUGAAAGAAACAUCUUUUAUGACUUGAAUGAUAAUGUUGUUGCUCAGGUUUCCCUACAAUGCAUCAAGAUACUUAGAAUUAGUAUUAGUCCAGAGAAUUGCAGAAACUCAAUCCCUGUCACAAGCCAACUAAAAAAAAAAAAAUUGUGGUCAUCCAUCUGGUUUCAUCCUCAUUUUUUGGUUGUAGAUAAAAUAGAUAACAAUUCUUUGCAUUUUCCAGUCUAUCACAAAAGCCAAAUUAUGUCUAGGAAAACCACAAAUGAACACAGAGAUUGAAGUUCUCAGCAGAGCACAUUUGUUGCAAAAUGUCGAGUGUAUUGUAGUUCCAGUAUAAUCAAUUGAUGUACAUUUGAAAUUCAUUCAUGUUGUGUAUAACUUUUAGGAAUUAAUGUAGGAAAAAUAUUUUAAUACUGUAUAUAGAAAAAUUUGUAAUAAAAAAAUUGCAAAACGUUU